AUUGCUUUGAGUAUUAAAAUUUUACUACUGACAAUAGCUGUGAAUUGUGUCAAUCGCUCUAUUUGUGAUCCUCUGAAUUUUCCGCAAAGAAACGAGCUAAUUCCUGUACAAAUCUUUCGUUUGUCCAUCAUUUCUGAUGCUGGAAGAAAACAUCUCGGCUGGAUCUUCUCAAUCCCAGAGCAAUCUUCUGCCUGAGUCUCAAGAGAUUCCAACCGUGAAGCAACUCAUGGAGCAAAACCACCCGCCGUGGAGUUCCAUCUCCUUCGGCUGUCGCGCCCUGGAUCAAUUGCUGAACGGAGGACUUCCGCGCCGUGGCAUUUCAGAGCUCUUUGGCGAGUCCGCCAGCGGCAAAUCCCAGAUCUGCAUGCAGCUGGCCGUGACAGCUCAACUGCCUCCGGAUCGGGGCGGAACGGGCAAGGGUGUGGUGUACUUCACGACCACCGCAGGCCGCUUUCCCACCGAGCGUCUGUUCGCCAUCAUCCAAGCGGUCCAGGAACGCUAUCCGGACGUCAAGAGAGAGUUCAUGAGCAACAUCUUCAUCCAGAGCCGCAUCGAGAUCAACGGACUGCUGCACUGCAUUCAGAAUGAAUUCCAGGACUUCCUUAAGACUCACCAGAUCGGCCUCGUGAUUGUGGACUCGAUGGGAAUCUUCAGAUCAGAGAGGGAAACUUCGGCCAGAGCAAAGUUUAUCAGGAGCUUCGCAAUUAGUCUCUUGCAGUUGGCAGAGAAGCACGGAUUCUCUGUGCUGUGCGUGAACGAAGUGGUUUCCAUUCCUGGCCACAGUAAUGUCUUUCCCAGUCUGGGACUCGCGUGGGCGAAUCUCGUCGUGACCAGGCUUCAGGUUGCACGAACGGAGAGGACGACGCAGACUGGAGACAUCGUGCGAACAGUUUCUGUGAUGCAAACUCCGGAAAUUUCUCUGGACUCAGCAGAGUUCAUCGUGACGAGUAAAGGAAUCUACGAUAUUUCCACGUAA